AUGAGCUCGGCUGCUCCUGGCUCUGAAGGCCCCGAAGCUAAACGGCCGCGGCGCGAAGACACCAUAGACCUCGAUGUGGGAGGCACUCCAUUCCGCACCACGAGAAUGACGUUGCAGAAAUCCCCGUUCUUUGCCAACCUUCUCGCUUGCGGGGGCGAGGGCCCUGUCUUCGUUGACCGCUGCCCGCAGCUCUUUGCCCACGUGCUCCAAUUUUUGCGCACUGGGCGCGGUCCGCGGUGUGCAACGCUUGCGGAAAGCGAUGCUCUCGCAGGAGAGUUCGACUUCUUCGGGCUCGACGACUCGCAGAUCUCCUUACCGGAGCAGGUGGUGCUCACUGGGCAGUACUAUUGGCACAACUCCAAGGAGACAGCGGUCCACGCAAAGGUGGAGGCUUACCUGGAUGAGGGAUUUCAGAUCAAACACCUGUCGUCCUUCGCAGGCAUGGUGGAGGCAGAAAAUGGCGUGGCUGGGUGCACAUUCGUGCUGGAGAAAUGA